AUGGCAACCGCUGGUCACGUGCCGACGCGCGUCACUGCCCGGAGUCAUGGCAACGGUGACCUCACCCUCGAGCUCGACCUUCCCGCGUGGGCGCUGCUCCCCGCCGGCUCCACGCCGCCCCGGUUCCCGCCGCGGCAGCGGUCCCGAGUCGGGAAACUUCACUCUCUCUUCCUGUCUCUCAUCGUGACGCAGGAUCAAGGGGGAAAGGAGAAGUCCAUAUGGGAACUUCGCACCCGCAAGCUCUGCCUCGACAUCUGUGUGGGAGAGAGUGGGGACCCACUGACCCAGGCAGUCAAGGCCCUGGAGCAGCUCAUGGGCCAGACCCCUGUCUUCUCCAAAGCCAGAUGUGCCGUCAGAUCCUUUGGCAUCAGGAGAAAUGAAAAGAUUGCUGUCUGCUGCACAGUCCGUGGGGCCAAGGCAGAAGAAAUCUUAGAGAAAGGUCUAAAGGUGCACGAGUACAAAUUACAAAAAAAUAACUUCUCAGACCCUGGAAACAUUGGUUUUGGGAUCCAGGAGCACAUUCAUCUGGGGAUCAAAAAUGACCCAAGCAUUGGUAUCUACGGCCUGGACGUCUAUGUGGCGCUGGGUCGGCCAGGUUUCAGCAUCGCAGACAGGAAACGCGGGACAGGCUGCAUUGGGGCCAAAUACAGAGUCAGCAAAGAGGAGGCCCUGCGCUGGUUCCAGCAGAAGUAUGAUGGCAUCAUCCUUCCUGGCAACUACAUUCCCGUUUCUCUCCAAAAGGCCAGUGAAAUGUUUUCCGUGAAAUGGAAAGAAAAGAAAGGAAGAAAGAAACACAGGCAAAUUCUGCUAUAG